AUGCGGAUCAUAGUCUUAUGGAGAGGAGCAAUAUCCACUCUGGAGAUACCUGUCGCUGCACGAAUUAUCGAAGUGAAAGUACUGAUUUGUGAAGCUCUUCACAUCCCAGUCCCAGCAGACAGGCAAGAGCUCUCAUGGGAAGGGCAGUUCCUCAGGGAUGAACUGACUCUGCAAAACUAUAACAUUCCUCCUAAUGCUUCCCUUACUGUCCUUACCAAAAUUAAAGUCGAAAUCUACGUGGAGUAUAGUCGCUUUUAUUAUGUGUGUGAAGUCCAUGAUGGUGCUACCGUGGGGGAGUUGAAGGCGAAAGUUUGCGCAGAACAAAGCAUUAUUGACGUUGAACACAAGACCUCGCUGAUCACAUUCCUAUGGAGUGGAGGAGAAUCCAUUCUGCUGGUUCCCAUGGCUACAAGAAUUAUCGACGUAAAGCUACUGAUUUCAGAAGUGCUUCGCAUCCCCGUCCCAAUAGAUAGGCAAGAGCUCUCAUGGGAAGGGCAGUGCCUGAAAGAUGAACUGACUCUGCAAGACUAUCACAUUCCCCCUACUGCUUUCCUUGUUAUCUAUAAGAAAAUUGAAGUUGAGAUCUACUUGGAGUUCGAUGGCCAUCGUUAUGUGUACGUAGUCUUCGAUGGUAUUACCGUGGGUGAGUUGAAGGCGAAACUUCAGACGGAACAAGGCGUAGACAUUGAACAUAAGGUACUCUGGAUGGUGGAUAAUAGUUAUCUUGAUGAUCAUGCUCAACUCUUGGUUGCCGGAGUUGUUGAAGGAGCCAAGUUAUUUCUCAUUGAGGAUAAAAAACGUAUGUGA